GCGUUGCCGCAAGGGUGGGGCUAGGGGCAGGCUGCUGGAUCCGACAGGCAACUGGGCAAGGUCGGCCUUUUCAUUUAUAUAGAUAUAUAUAUGUAUGUGUACAUUAAAUCAACCUCCAGCCGCCCUGCCCACCUCCGCGCGCAAACACACACCCAGUCCCAGGCCAUGAGAACAAGCUCCCGCCUGGAAGCACAGUGACCGAGGCAGCGACCGAGGGAGGAGGCAGCAGGCAGCGAGGAGCGGCCGCGGGCAGCCGAGCGACGCCAGCAGCACCAUGCACUCGGAGGUGGAGAAAUUUUCCACAAAUUCAACAUCUAUUCUGGAGUUGUAUCGUUCACAUGGAGAAAAUCUGGAGCAAAAGAGCGAGAGCUCUGUAGGCACUGGCGAUGUGGAGUACAGCAGUAUGCUAAUGCUUGAAGGAAUGCCAGCUAUACGAAUCAAAACAGAGCCGGUGGAACCUGGGGAAGGGGUUUCAUCUGCCCAUGGACUCUCAUCAAAGUGCCAGCCUCCUGUGGCGAAUAAGCUCUAUACAGUCCCAGCUUCUGAAUGUGAGGGGCCGGAAUCAGUCCCAAUGUUGAUAAAUAAUGUGAAAAUGGAAUCGUCUAUGUUGCUUGAUGAUCUGAAGAAAGAUUCACCGGUGUUACUCAGCACCAUUAAAAUGGAACCACCAGAGGAACUGCUUUCAAAUGAUGAUAACCAGCCACAGACAGAACCUGUUGAUCUGUCCUUAAAUAAAUCUAGGACCUCGCCCAUAGCGCCACUAGUUACAACGCCAUUUCCGGUUAUAGCAGCCUCUUCGUUUUCUUCUUUGAACAACUCAUCUAUGAGAUCAAUCAACAUUACUUCAGCCAUCCCAGCAGUGUUAUCGCCAGGUUCCAUCUUGGCCUCCUCCCAGGGGGUUGGUGGCCAGCAGAUUCUGCACGUCAUACACGCUGUGCCCUCAAUCAGUUUACCUAGGAAAAUGGGCAACCUCCAACAUCUGCCUGUGGUGGUCCAGUCAUUGCCUGUGGUCUACACGGCUGUGCAACCUGAUGGCAUCUUGUCAUCAAUCACUGUCCCUCUCAUUGGGGAUGAUGGAAAAAGUGAAGGUGCAGUGAGAAUCGAUCAGAGUCCCAUGUCCCCCACGGAGACUAAAACUGACAGUGAGGAAGAUGAUGAUUCCCCCAACAUAUCAUUUGACAGUGUUCAUGAGAGCAACUCUACCAUCCUCAAUGUGUCGGGGGCAAUGAGAGAGGAGGACUCGGUUUGGCCUAUUGAUCCGGCCCGGCUGCUGGAAGAUCCGUUUGGUGCCCAGAGUUUGCACGGAAUACGACGAUUACCGAGGUCUGAGUCACCUGAUGCAAAAAGGAGGCGUGUCCAUCGGUGCGACUUUGAGGGAUGUAAUAAAGUGUAUACGAAGAGCUCUCACUUAAAGGCACACCGACGGAUCCAUACAGGAGAGAAACCCUACCGAUGCACCUGGGAAGGAUGUACAUGGAAGUUUGCACGCUCCGAUGAGCUGACGAGGCAUUUCCGCAAGCACACCGGCAUAAAGCCUUUCAAAUGCUCGGACUGUGACCGCAGCUUUUCCCGCUCGGACCACCUUGCACUGCACCGUAGAAGACACUUGAUGAUGUGAAGGUACUUUAAGGCCAGCUUCACAUCAGAGUCCGAGCUCUGCCUCCAUCCAAUUAUUCAGCAUUGCUGAAUUCUGACAGCGCCUGCUGCAAGAUGGCACCUGUGGAUGCCAAUUCAGAGAGAAAGAAAGAGAGAGAGAGAAAGAAAGAGAGCCCACCUGCCCUCGAAGACUGAAACUGGUCAAACCAGCUUUCUUUUUGAUGUUAAGUACUGACUGCGUUUAUGUAAUUUAAACCCGACCUGUCAUUUUGUCAUGAAUUUUUCUUCUUACUUAUGUUAACACAGGGCAGAAAAAAAGCAGGCAACUUCUUAUUCACUGCCCAAAUCAUGUUAAAUUACAAUGACAAACUUGUUGGCUGAUGAAUAACACAAGAUUAUGUAAAAACAGAAUUGAGGUUGGUAUGAAUCAUUGGUGUUGUGUCUUUUAAAGAACAAAAUAUUCUUUUCACAUUGUAUCAUAUUUUCCAUUUAAUGUGAACGAUUUAAACAGUGGGAACUCCUAACAUUUUAACUGAUUUUAAUAUUCAGUUUUUAACUUCUCAGUGCUGAGGUGUAUAAAUGUUACUGAUACAAAGUGAAUUUCUUUCCUAUGUUUCAGCUGUGCAUUGCACAUGGAAACAUAAGGCAAAUCUACUUAACAAAUGAUAAACAGCUUUCCUUCCCCUGGUAGCAAUCUUCCUGGCGAAUGAAAUAAAAUCACAAUUGUGACAUAAAGCUGUGGAAUAUAUCUUUGAUCGCUGCCCCCCCCCCCCCCCCUCCCUUCUUCUCUAAGUAAUAUCUAAAUCUGGCUGCUCAGUAUGAUUUCCUGUAAUCAACCCGCUACGUUUUAUUUAGGCUUGUGGGAGGAUGUUGACAAGCCUGUGUUCUCUUUCCAUUAGUUGGUCCAGUUCUAUAAUGGUAUUUGUGAUCACAGUACCUAGUGAUAUUGUUUUCACUGUGGCAAUCCCAGUAAAGUUACAGCUCCUUCUGCACCAGGGACAAAGGCUGGUGCUGGCACCCAUACAGCCUUUGGCCCAUCACUGUUACCAACUGAUGCAUCUUCUUAAUAGCCUUAGUUGCCUACUGUGAAUUUUUCAGCUUGUUACAACAUGAAACCAUUCAGGAGUUAAGUGGUAUAAAUAAAGAGCUUAUGUACAUUGGUAAUUAAAAGUUAACUGAAUGCUUCAAUAUUAAUAAAUGGAUUUAAGAUUAAGAUUUUACUAUUCACCCCAUUCAUUUUUGUUCAGUUUGAUGAACUGUGAAGCUAGAUGCAGAUAUUUAGAGUUUUCCUCGGGCACCUGGUAUCUAUGCGUUCUAACACAUUAAAAUUGGCAGGGUAGGGUGAGGAAUUGCAGCACUAAGCAACCUGCCACCAGGCGAGGUUAAAGUUGCAGCUCUCAUAGAUUGCCAAUAUAUGAUCCGUCGGCCAUGUUGUUCUGUUUUUACAGCCCUGUGAGGUAUUGGUUUGAUUGUGUAAUCUAUUUAUCUUGCGUGGUAGUUUGUAGGUUUAAAUAAAACUCAGCCAGACCAGCGAAUCACAUUUUAAUCAGAGUAUAUGAGAGUUUCUCAAAUGGUCUCCAAGCUUUUGUUGGUGUAAGAGCGAUCUCUAGACUUUAUUAUUAAAUGACUAAUGCUGAUCAAAAACCAACAUGCACAUGUUUAAUUAACUUUUCGAUAUCUCGCUUGAGUGUACUGACCGGGAUCGGUAACUUAAAGAUGCUUUUACCGUCAUUGGGAAUUUGUAAUGACAUUACAUUGAUAACAGACACACAGUGGAACCUCAUAAACACAGUUAUGGUCUGUACAAUUAAAAAAUGAAAAUCUCAUUCCAGGAGCUCCUUUAAACUAAUUCUUUUUUUUUUUUUUAUUCCUAUCGUUUUUAAAUUUGAAAUGGGAUUGCUUUGAUCACGUUUUCAGGAGGGCAGUUACUUGCUGUACAGUGUCAUCGAGUCCAGUAUUGGGAAAACUGAUUUGAUCCACAGGAUAACUGGAAACAACCUGAUCAAGACCUUUAUCCAAUCAGUAAGAACAAGGAACUGCAGAUGCUGGUUGACAAAUGAAAGACACAAACUGCUGGAGUAACUCGGCUGGUCAGACAACACGCAGGUACCUAUCUAUGUUCUCCAGAAAUGCUGCGUGACCCGCUGAGUUACUCCAGCACUUUGUGUCUUUUUUCUUUAUCCAAUCAAUGCUCGUUGCGAUUAUUUAACUUGGCCAGUUUUCCCAAUAUGUUUCCACGAUAUUUAAACAAUAAAUUAUGGCAUUUGAGGGAGAAAAAUCCAUUCUUUCUGACUGUGUUUAAGUGGUGCUAACAGUGAGACGCUCUCGAUGUAAACUGCAAAAUUAAAAUGGAAAUUGUAUCUCAAUCUGCAUUUAUGGUGGAUUGGAUGUCCACUGAAAAGAACUGUUGUGUUAAGGUACAAUUUGUGUAAUAAAUGUUGCAUCUUUCCAA